CCGGAACCGGAACCGACCUGACGCCGGAACCGGAAUCGUGAGCGGGGUUGCCAGGGCCCGGAGAGGGCUGGCGGCGGCGGUCUCGCUCGGCUGUUGGUUCCUUGCUAAAGAAUUGGGCCACAAAGAAUUGCCAAGAUAGCUGGGCCAGGAAGAAAGCGCCGCAGCCCUGACCCAGACACUGUUGCCGACUCUGGGGCACUCUGGCUGUCAACCAAGCGGCUCAAGAUGUCUGGCGGGGCCAGUGCCACAGGCUCAAGGAGAGGGCCACCAGGACUAGAGGAGGCCACGAGUAAGAAGAAGCAGAAGGAUCGAGCAAACCAGGAGAGCAAGGAAGGAGAUCCUCGGAGAGGAUCAAUGCCCACUCCUCGAGAGGAGCAGACCAAAGAGGAGUUGUUGCUUGACUGGAGGCAGAGUGCAGAUGAGGUGAUUGUUAAGCUCCGAGUGGGAGCAAGUCCCGUGAGGCUAGAGGAGGUAGAUGCUGCUUUCACUGACACUGACUGUGUGGUGAAGCUCCCAGAUGGUCGUCAGUGGGGUGGUGUUUUCUUUGCCGAAAUAGAAAGUUCUUGCGCCAAAGUGCAAGCCCGCAAGGGUGGCUUUCUACAGCUAGCACUACCCAAAAAGGUUCCUCUUCUCACGUGGCCCUCUCUCCUGAAGAAGCCUCGAGGGACCCAGGAGCUGGCACUGGGGUUGCGGUGUCAGGAGAAUGGGCAGGAAUUGUCUCCCAUUGCCCUGGAGCCAGGCCUUGAGCCCCGCCGGGCUAAGCAAGAGGCCCGCAAUCAGAAGCGGGCUCAGGGCCGUGGUGAGGUAGGCUCAGGGGCUGGCCCUGGGGCCCAAGCAGGGCCUAGCGCCAAGAGGGCUGUGCAUCUCCGCAGAGGGCCAGAGGGAGAAGGGUCCAGGGAUGGCCCUGGACCCCGGGGCGAUGCCCCAUCCUUCCUGGCUGAUCCAGCCACUCAGGUUGAGGCUGAGGAACAGCUCCGUGUACCACCACUGAAUCCCCAACCUUGUCUUCUUGGCUCAGAGAAGAAUUUAGCCCUUUUGGCAGGCGAGAAAGCAGUGUCUCCCAGGAAUGACCCAGUCUCUCCAGCCAUGGCCCGGAGUAGAGACCCUGGGAAAGCUGACCAUAUCAAAGAGGAGAUGGCAGUAGCAGCAGAUGCUGCAACCUUGGUGGAUGACCCUGAGUCCAUGGUGAACCUGGCAUUUGUCAAGAAUGACUCCUAUGAGAAAGGGCCAGAUUCUGUGGUGGUGCACGUGUACGUGAAGGAGAUCCGCAGGGAUACUUCUCGAGUCCUUUUCCGUGAACAGGACUUCACACUCAUCUUCCAGACCAGGGAUGGGAACUUCCUGAAGCUGCAUCAGGGCUGCGGGCCCCAUACCAUCUUCCGUUGGCAGGUGAAGCUCAGGAACCUGAUUGAGCCCGAGCAAUGCACUUUCUGCUACACGGCGUCUCGCAUUGACAUCUGCCUCCGGAAGCGGCAGAGUCAGCGCUGGGGGGGCCUGGAGGCCCCAGCUGCACGAGGUGCAGUGGGUGGUGCAAAGGUUGCCGUGCCGACAGGUCCAACCCCUCUGGAUACAACCCCUCCAGGAGGUGCCCCCCACCCCCUGACAAGCCAAGAGGAAGCCCGGGCUGUGGAGAAGGAUAAGCCUAAAGCUCGAUCUGAGGACACAGGCCUGGAUGGUGUGGCGGCCCGUACCCCCUUGGAACAUGUAGCUCCAAAGCCAGAGCCACAUCUGGCUUCGCCCAAGCCCACAUGUAUGGUGCCUCCAAUGCCCCAUAGUCCCGUGAGUGGAGACAGCGUGGAGGAAGAGGAGGAGGAAGAGAAGAAGGUGUGUCUGCCUGGCUUCACUGGCCUUGUUAAUUUAGGCAACACCUGCUUCAUGAACAGCGUAAUUCAGUCUCUGUCCAACACUCGGGAACUUCGCGACUUCUUCCAUGACCGAUCCUUUGAGGCCGAGAUCAACUACAACAACCCCUUGGGGACUGGUGGGCGUCUGGCCAUUGGCUUUGCAGUGCUGCUCCGGGCCCUGUGGAAGGGCACUCACCAUGCCUUUCAGCCUUCCAAGUUAAAGGCUAUUGUGGCGAGCAAGGCCAGCCAGUUCACAGGCUAUGCACAGCAUGAUGCCCAAGAGUUCAUGGCUUUUCUAUUGGAUGGGUUGCAUGAGGAUCUGAAUCGAAUCCAGAACAAGCCCUACACAGAGACUGUGGACUCAGAUGGGCGGCCUGAUGAGGUGGUGGCUGAGGAAGCAUGGCAGAGGCACAAGAUGAGGAACGACUCCUUCAUCGUGGACCUGUUUCAGGGCCAGUAUAAGUCGAAGCUAGUGUGCCCUGUGUGUGCCAAGGUCUCCAUCACUUUUGACCCAUUUCUUUAUCUGCCGGUGCCCUUGCCGCAAAAGCAAAAGGUUCUCCCCGUCUUUUAUUUUGCUCGAGAGCCCCACAGCAAGCCCGUCAAGUUCCUCGUAAGCGUAAGCAAGGAGAACUCCUGUGCAAGUGAAGUUUUGGAUUCUCUAUCUCAGAGUGUUCACGUGAAGCCUGAGAACUUGCGUCUGGCUGAGGUAAUUAAGAAUCGCUUCCACCGUAUGUUUCUGCCCUCCCACUCGCUGGACACUGUGUCCCCAUCUGAUAUGCUCCUCUGCUUUGAGCUGCUAUCCCCAGAGCUGGCCAAGGAGCGGGUAGUGGUGCUCGAGGUGCAACAGCGCCCCCAGGUACUCAGCGUUCCUAUCUCCAAGUGUGCAGCCUGCCAGAGGAAGCAGCAGUCGGAGGAUGAAAAGCUGAAGCGCUGUACCCGGUGCUACCGUGUGGGCUACUGCAACCAAAUCUGCCAAAAAACCCACUGGCCUGACCAUAAGGGUCUCUGCCGCCCUGAAAAUAUUGGCUACCCCUUCCUGGUCAGUGUACCUGCCUCACGCCUCACUUAUGCCCGUCUUGCUCAGCUGCUAGAAGGUUACGCCCGAUACUCUGUGAGUGUAUUCCAGCCACCUUUUCAGCCUGGCCGCAUGUCCUUGGAGUCCCAGAACUCUGGCUGCACCACAUUGCUCUCUACUAGCUCCCUGGAGGCUGGGGACAGUGAGAGGGACCUCAUUCAACCUCCCGAGCUCCAGUUAGUGACCCCUGUGGAUGAAGGGGACACAGGGCUUCCCCGGAUGUGGGCGGCCCCCGAUCGAGGCCCUUUGCCUAGCACCAGUGGAAUGGCUUCCGAGAUGCUGGCCAGUGGGCCUAAUGAGGGUGACACCUUACCUGCUAGUGAGAGGGUGUCCCGGCCUGAAGCUGCUGUGCCUGGGUACCAACACCCUAGCGAAGCCAUGAAUGCCCACACCCCCCAGUUUUAUAUCUAUAAAAUUGAUGCAUCCAAUCGGGAGCAGCGGCUUGAGGACAAAGGGGAAACCCCACUGGAGCUGGGUGAUGACUGUAGCCUGGCUCUGGUAUGGCGGAAUAACGAACGCCUCCAGGAGUUCGUCUUGGUAGCCUCCAAAGAACUGGAAUGUGCUGAGGAUCCAGGCUCUGCUGGUGAGGCCGCCCGUGCUGGUCACUUCACCCUGGACCAGUGCCUCAACCUCUUCACUCGGCCCGAGGUGCUGGCACCUGAGGAAGCCUGGUACUGUCCCCAGUGCAAACAGCACCGUGAGGCCUCCAAACAGCUGUUGCUAUGGCGCCUGCCGAAUGUGCUCAUUGUGCAGCUCAAGCGCUUCUCCUUCCGUAGUUUCAUCUGGCGCGACAAGAUCAAUGACCUGGUGGAGUUCCCUGUUCGGAACCUGGAUCUGAGCAAGUUCUGCAUUGGCCAGAAAGAGGAGCAACUGCCUAGCUACGACCUGUAUGCUGUCAUCAACCACUAUGGAGGCAUGAUUGGUGGCCACUAUACUGCCUGUGCACGCCUGCCCAAUGACCGCAGCAGCCAGCGCAGUGACGUGGGCUGGCGCUUGUUUGAUGACAGCACGGUGACGACAGUAGACGAGAGCCAGGUCGUGACGCGUUAUGCCUAUGUACUCUUCUACCGCCGGCGGAACUCUCCUGUGGAGAGGCCCCCUAUGGCAGGUCAUUCUGAGCAUCACCCAGACCUAGGCCCUGCAGCUGAGGCUGCUGCCAGCCAGGGACUAGGCCCUGGCCAGGCCCCCGAGGUGGCCCCCACGCGGACAGCCCCUGAACGCUUCGCCCCCCCUGUGGACCGCCCAGCCCCCACCUACAGCAACAUGGAGGAGGUCGAUUAGCAGGUCCCUGGCUGAUGGAGGGACUGGGUUCGGGGUUUCCCUGAAGAGGGCCAUUUCUUUGUUACUUCUUCUCUAACCCAGGAGACAUUGGCUCCAUCAGUGGGAAGUUGGGAGGGGGGGGAACGAUUUGGGACUGGGGACCUCACAAGUUGUGAUCUUUUAGCUUGGUCCCCUGACCAGUGGGUCUUGUCUUCUCCAGCUGCCUCCAGUGCUGCGUAAUUUGAUUCUCAGUUGUAUCUUCAAUUCUUUCUGACUCGCAUUAUAAACGUUAUAAUUUUAUUCUAAAAA